AUGGAUACGAAGCAAAGCAUUACAACUACUGCUGGGUCCAUUAAACCUCAGGAUUUUAAAUUUUUUGCACUUGGGGGUGCUAACGAGGUCGGUCGUUCAUGCCACAUCAUUCAAUAUAAAGGUAAAACCGUUAUGCUAGAUGCGGGUAUCCACCCCGCUUACCAAGGAUUAGCAUCAUUACCUUUUUAUGACGAUUUUGACCUUUCAACCAUUGAUGUCUUAUUAAUUUCCCAUUUCCAUCUUGACCACGCUGCUUCUUUGCCUUACGUAAUGCAAAGAACUAACUUUAGAGGUAGAGUAUUCAUGACACAUCCAACCAAAGCUAUCUAUAGAUGGCUAUUACGUGAUUUUGUCAAAGUUACAAGUAUCGGUGGAGACGCUGAAAAUAAGGAUGAAAAUUUAUAUAAUGACGAAGAUCUUGUUGAAUCAUUCGAUAGGAUUGAAACUAUUGAUUAUCACUCAACAAUUGAUGUUAAUGGUAUUAAAUUCACUGCAUAUCAUGCCGGCCAUGUAUUGGGUGCUGCGAUGUUUCAAAUAGAGAUCGCCGGCCUAAGGAUACUAUUCACUGGUGACUACUCCAGAGAGCUAGAUCGUCAUUUAAAUUCAGCUGAGAUCCCUCCAUUAGCUUCUGAUAUUUUAAUUGUUGAAUCAACAUUUGGGACUGCUACCCAUGAACCACGUCUAAAUCGUGAGAUGAAACUUACCCAAUUGGUGCAUUCUAUUGUUUCUCGUGGUGGUAGAGUCUUAAUGCCAGUUUUUGCAUUAGGAAGAGCUCAAGAGAUUAUGUUAAUUUUAGAUGAAUAUUGGAAUAACCAUCAUGAAGAAUUAGGUGGUGGACAAGUACCGAUUUAUUAUGCAUCUAGUUUAGCUAAAAAGUGUAUGUCUGUUUUCCAAACUUAUGUAAAUAUGAUGAACGAUGAUAUUCGUAAAAAAUUCAGAGAUUCACAAACCAAUCCAUUUAUUUUUAAAAAUAUUUCAUACUUAAGAAAUUUAGAUAAUUUUGAAGAUUUUGGUCCUAGUGUUCUUCUAGCUUCCCCUGGUAUGCUUCAGAGUGGUAUUUCGAGAGAUUUACUAGAGAGAUGGUGCCCUGAAGAUAAGAAUAUGGUAUUAAUUACAGGGUAUUCUGUCGAAGGAACAAUGGCAAAGUAUUUAAUGGUUGAACCAGAUACAAUUCCAAGUAUUAAUAAUCCUGAAAUUAGUAUUCCUAGAAGAUGUAAAAUUGAAGAAAUUUCAUUUGCUGCCCAUGUCGAUUUCCAAGAAAAUUUGGAAUUCAUUGAAAAAAUUAACGCUUCUAAUAUUAUUUUAGUCCAUGGUGAAUCAAAUCCAAUGGGCCGCUUAAAGUCUGCUAUUUUAUCAAAUUUUACAUCAUUAAAAGGUACUGAAAAUGAGGUUCAUGUUUAUAAUCCAAGGAAUGGUGUGGAAGUUACUUUAGAAUUUAAAGGUACUCAUAUCGCCAAAGCUAUUGGUAGUAUUGUCGAUCAAAUCAAAAAUAAGGAGGCUGAAAUUCAAAAAAUUAAGGAUGAAAAGUUAAAAGUUGAACAAAAAGAAGUGAAGUAUGAAAAUAAAGAUGAAGAAAAUAUAACACAGAUAUCGAAAAUAGAGGAAGAGGGGAUUGUUAUAUCUGGAUUGUUAGUUUCUAACGAAAAGAAUUUUAACUUAGAUUUAGUUUCAUUAUCAGAUUUAAGAGAACAUCAUUCCGAGUUGUCAACCACAAUAGUAAAAGAGAGACAAUCAGUCCACGUGGACUGUAAAAAGGAACUUAUAUAUUGGCACUUAUGCCAGAUGUUUGGUGAUGUAGAAGUGAUAAUUGAUGAAGAUAAUGUUAGUGGAAUAAAGCAAGAAGAACCAAAUUCUGAGGAUAAUGGUAAACUAGUUUUAAAACUCAUGGGAGAUAUUUUGUUAACUGUCUUCGAAAAUAUUGCAACACUGGAAUGGACCCAAGGGCUAAUGACAGAUACUGUAGCAGAUUCAAUUAUCGCUAUACUGAUGAGUGUCGAUUCAACUCCUGCAAGUGUUAAAAUGAGCAGUCAUACAUGCAAUCAUGGUGAAGAACAUAAAAUUACAGAACAGGACAAAGCUGAGCUCCUGCAGCGUGAUGAAGUUUGGAAAAUUAAACAGAUUUCCGAAUUAUUUAAGGAACAGUUUGGAGAUUCUUUUACUUUGUUAUUAGAUAAAGAAAACCCGUCAACAAGUGGAGAUAUAAAAGGUAAAAUUUCCUUUGGCAAAAAUGAAUCAACUAUCAACUUUUCCCAAAUGAAGAUCGAAGAAUGCAAUUCAAACCCUUUAAAAGGUAGAAUUGAAAGUAUACUUAAUAUAGGUGCAAACUUAGCGGCUUCCUUAUGCUAG